AUGGCUUCACCCUCUCCUUCCGACGAGGACUCGGUCCUCUCUCGGGGGCAAGAGCCCCCAACAGCCGAAUCCUCACCACCUCCCGAAGAUUCUUUCGAGGACCUCUCACCAGAGGCCCAAAAAUGGCAACAAGACGAGGAGAAGGCGCGCACCGCGAACGAGCAAGCGGAGAAGAAGAGAAGGGAUGCUAUUCAGAAGCGGAAGGAUAACAAGAAGCCUGAAACAAAAGCCGAGCGCGAACAGAAGGCGCGCCAGCUCGAUGACCUGUUGCUGAAGAGUGCUGCUUUCAGUGACAUCCUGACCAAGAAGACGCAGGUCUUGGGUAAGGUUGGAAGCGGUCUCGAUGGAAAAAUUUUGGGAGAGCACGAUUUGCACAUGGCGAAACAGCCCAAGUCUCUCAUCAACGGCAAGACGGUGCAGGUGAUCUCACUCAUCGCCCUCCUUCGCGAAGAAGAAUUCCUCGGCCCUCAUCUGGUGAUUGCUCCACUCAGCACAUUAAGCAACUGGAUCAACGAGUUUAAGAAAUGGUGCCCCUCAAUCCCAGUUGUCCUCUAUCACGGUACUCCCAAGGCGAGACAGGACAUCUGGGCCAAGAGCGUGAAGAAGCACCUCAAGGGUGGACGCCCAACGGAAUCAUUCCCGGUUGUGUGCACCUCAUAUGAAAUGGUCUUGGCGGACAAGGCUGCCCUUUCCAAAGUCAACUGGGGCUUCAUCAUCAUUGACGAGGGUCACCGCAUGAAGAAUUUCGAUUCCAUGCUUUCUCGGGAGCUUCGUACCUUCACUUCAGCGACGAGAUUGCUCAUUACCGGCACACCCCUGCAGAACAACCUGCGAGAACUUUGGUCGUUGCUUCAUUUCCUGUUGCCAACCAUUUUCAGUAACUGGGACGCCUUUGAGUCGUGGUUCGAUUUUAGCGACCUCCAGGACGUGAAAGGGACAUCCGAAUUCAUUGCUGAUCGCGAGAACCAAGAUUUGAUCAAGAAGAUCCAUUUGAUAUUACAACCAUUGCUUUUGCGCCGCGUCAAGGCCGACGUGGCUAAACACCUACCGAAGAAGCGAGAGUACAUUCUGUACGCCCCAAUGACCAAGGAGCAGACCGACCUGUACAAUGCGAUUAGCGACAAGAACAUUGAUUCGCGGACUUUCCUCGAGAACAAGGUCCUCGAGACGCUCGAAGCGUCGAGAUACGGUCCAGCUCCUGCCAUUAUAAGCAGCCAUCGAACCUCAAAAGCAGGAAGCAAAACGAAAAAGGUGGUGCCAAAAAAGGAGGACGAAAGCCUCAAGGUCUCUCUGCCAUUGAGAACGACCCCUCGCAAGGGCAAAUCAACAACUUCGGACGCAAGCCCGGCACCGAACGCGUUUACCAUGCUCAUGAGUAAGAAGAUUGCCGAUGUUCCUGCCAAGCAGACUAGAGGUCGCUCCACCAAAUCGAAGGCAUCCACAAAGCCACUAACUCGCGACGGCUCAACCGCAUCGUCGAAGAGGAAAACGCCCCCCACAGCUGAGGUGUCGGUGUCAAAGAGUGCAAAAUCAAGUCGAGCUUCCACCCCCGCAGUCGCAUCUAAGAGUCUAACCCGCCAGGGCCGCUCGUUGCGACGCACCAGGUACACUGAAGCUGACUCCGAUGAAGAUAAACUUUCGGACGAUGAGUUUGAGGCUAAGCUAGCCGACGAGAUAGCCGACGAUCAUGUCAAGGAAUCUUCACCUGAGUUGACGCCCGAAGAGGCAGAUUUCAAAAGAAUAGUUGACGCCGCAAAGCUGGAAAUUUCCAGGAAGAAGCUUGGUAAUCCGCUCAUGCAACUGCGUCUUGUUGCCAAUAGUCCGCAUAACUUCUUCAACCCCUGGGGCCUCGAGAAUGGGCCGGAAAUCGAUGAAAGAAUCGUCACUGCCUCGGGAAAGAUGCUGCUUCUCGACCGCCUUCUGCCCGCUUUGUUGAAACGUGGCCACAAGGUGCUCAUCUUCUCUCAAUUCAAAACGCAGCUCGAUAUUCUUCACGAUUAUUGUACAUUCAGGAAGCUCAAGAUCUGCCGCAUCGAUGGAAGUGUAUCCCAAGCAGAACGUCAGGAACACAUUGAUGCCUUCAAUAGCGACCCAGACUUCAAGGUGUUCCUGCUUUCAACACGAGCUGGUGGCCAAGGAAUCAAUCUCACUGCGGCCGACACCGUCAUCUUGUUUGAUUCCGACUGGAACCCUCAGCAAGAUCUCCAAGCCCAAGACAGAGUCCACAGGCUGGGGCAAACGAAGCCGGUAGUGAUCUUUCGGUUGGCAACUAAAGGCACCGUCGAAGACAGUCUCCUGCUCAGCGUUGAGGCAAAGCGUCGCCUCGAGAAGCUGGUCAUCAAAGGUGGCCAGUUCAGAACGAUGGGUCAAAAAAUCAACAAGGAUGAAGACUUGGACGAAGAGAAGCUCAAGGCGCUUUUGCUCAAGGACGGUCAUGUGUACGAACAAUCUGGCAGUGCUGAGAUUCUGAGCGACAAAGACGUUGAGAUUCUGUGUGAUAGGAGCGACUUGGCAUAUGAACGUGCUGCCAUCGGCGAUGGAAACGCAGAAUCAUUCAAGGUUGUUGAAACAGCAGCCACUGGAAUUCUUGCGACCUAAGAGUCUUCACUACCUGUCCUUACUGCCUCCCCGAUGACGGACGUCUUGGUUUGAGAGCAUACCUGUAUGAUGGAUUAAUCAUUGUCUGGUUACUCCGCUGGUUGGUUAGCAAUACGCAGCGCUACUAUGCCGCUUACGAAUGAUGUCUCAAUCUUUUAUGAUCACACAUGGAGUUAGCUACCGAGAACAUCGCUCAAGCACCUAGUAAAAGCAAAAUCUGGCACAUUGCUGUG